UCUGGGGUCGAGCCGACAGGUGGCUCGCUGAUCUUUUCUUGUUCUAUUCUCAUGAUGUAUCUACCACCAUUAUUUAUGAACAAUUCUUUUUUUUUGGUUGAUUUUCUGACAGUAGUAUCUCCGAAUUUGUGCGAUUGUCAGACUGUCGAAAAUCGCCGCGAGCGAUGGACAAAAUCUCCCGAUGCGCGUGUCAUGUGAGCCAAGGUGUGUGUGGUGUGUUCCUUUGUCCGUUGCCCGAGACCAGUUUUGGGAAUAUGAAUCUCUGCUUGGCCUCGUCAGUGUGCGUCGCCAUGAAACAAAGGAAUUCCGUCCCAUGCGCAUCGGACCUCGUGUUCUGGUGCUGACAGCGCCCCAGCAGCCGUUCCCCACAGCACAGUACAGUACUUAUUGCUACCACGGCCCCGGGAGGAAUCUCACCUGCAUGAGAGGGUUGCGCCGUGUGGUAUAUCUCCUGUCUUCACACUUAAUUAACUGCUGCGUGUUGCUAUUUCUGCCAAGUGAAGUCAUCACUUGGCCGCGACAGAACCUAAGCCUGUCUAGAACUGGAUACUAGCUCCAAAUCCGAUUGCAUCCAACCUAGACUGUUCACACAACCCAUCCGAUAUCACCAAGCCCACCCCAACAACAAGCAGCCCACCUUAACUAUUAACAUCUUCUCCACGAACCCUUAACCAAGGACUACCUCACCUGAACCAUCACAA